CUAAGCUAUAAAACUCCGACAACCCAACGAGACGCGACCGGCAAAAGCUCGAUUUGAAACUUUCGAGACAGUGUAUCAUAAACUUGGCAGUGAUCUUCCAGAACAUAUUUACUUUCUGCCUACUCUACUGAAGAUCCGCUAAGGUAUGGCCGUGCAGAAGUCUUUCACCAUGACGGCAAUGUUGUGUGUGUGUCUUCUACAUACGACAGCAACACUUCCAGUCUUAGAGAGAGUUGAUGAAGGCUGGGUAAAGGAAGCACUUGAUGUAGUGUUGGCGGAGGCGUCAGUGUCCCACUGUUCUUUAAUUUUCAUCACGGACAGGACGUCUUCCUAUUCUUAUGAGGCGUUAAGGAUACGUGUGCCCGCAAACAAGACUGGCGGGGAUGUGGUCCUCGAUGUGGCAGACGACGGAAGCGUUGGUGUCAAUCUCACCAUGACGCAAGUAGUGGCUCAGGCUCGUAAGAUGCGGCUGAUGUCCUGGUGUACAUUGGUGGUUGUCUUCAGCGACAGCCCGACCUUCCUGUCUGUUUUCGCGGAGAUGGCUGAUAAAGGUCGGCUGAUGGUGUGGGAAACAAGACUCUUAGUAAUCACCAGGCUUCCUUUGUCGAACCUUCAGGACCUGUUGCAGAACUACUGGACCUUCUCCAUGAUGAACACAAUGUUCCUUAAACUCAACAUAUCAUCGGGAAGAAGCCACUGCCAGAUAUAUGGGCACAUGCCAUAUGGACCCACUGGAUCCCAUGUAGCGCAACUGGCAAAUCUAAAGUUUGGCAACGUUUUAGUGUAUCUCAGUGACAGAGCGCUGUUCCCUGAAAAGUACAAUAAUUUCCACGGUAUGAAAAUAAACCUCACAUGGAUUCCUUUAACACCGUACUGGAUGCCGAUGAAACGACCAGGACCAAACGGCACAGAAGUGACCACAUUCAGUGGAAGGGAAUAUUCGAUAAUGGAAAGCAUGGCAUUGAUCCUCAACUUUUCUAUGAAUGCCCUUCCAUACACAGGAUGGGAUCCAGUAAUGAAGCUGUUGAGGAGUCGUGAAGCUUUCUUUUGGCCAGUAAACCUGCCAAUAUUACCACACAUGUUGGAGCUGUAUGACUUCAGCUUUUUUCUGGAGCGAUCCACUCUGGCCUUUGCUAUGAUUAAGCCCUCCGUCAAACCCAGUUGGGAGAGCCUUUAUCGUCCUCUCCGGAUCGAGGUGUGGGGCCUCGUAGUAGCUACACUAGUAAUUGUAUAUAUUGUCCUCCUGAUGAUGAAUGCAAGCGGUAAAGACAAGGGGCCCGGUGCAUGGCUAGUAAUGAAGCAGGUACUUGGGACACUACUUGACGAGGCCAUCCCUGGAGAGCUACCACAACGCAGUAACACGAGGGUGGUUUUGACGGCAUGGCUGAUCUUUAGUUUCGUCGUGGGAACAGUUUACCGCAGCAAUCUCACUGCCUACCUUACAAUACCAAAGUACCCUCCUCGCAUCGAGACUCUCGGCGGACUGGUUGAUGCAAAUGUCAAGCAAGUACAUCGUGCAUUUUUUCAUUCAAUAUGGCACCCAGUUUACCAGUAUAGGACGUAUAUUCAGCUGUUUUUUGCAGAGGAUAAUGCACUGGUAUUUGAAGGAGAGCUCGAGGAGACCAGUUUUAAGGAGUGUGGAAGGAAAUACGAAACUGAGGCUGAAUGACAAUAACAACAAUAAUGAAAUGAAUGAAUGUAGUUAUGAGUGGUACGUUGCAUGAAAGGUUUUAAAUAUUCAGGGCUGAAUGAUGUUGUAGAUGAAGAACUUGAUGCAGUGUUAAAAGAAAUAAACCAGAGAACGUGAUGAAACUUUAAUUUCUCAAAACGGAAGACGUCCAUAGCAAAAUGAGAUGGGUUCAGUCCGUAAACUUGUCAAAAUGAGUGACGCCGUCGACUCCAACACUCACGUUCACGCUCAUACACUCUUGGCGCUGUGGGAGGAACUCGGUGUUUGGUGUUGCAUGAAAAUCUCAGGUAUUCCACUAAUGAAUGCCAUAAAAAACCGCUCGGCGGAAUUCGCGUCCCUUAUGAAAGGCAAACCAUGGAAGGAAGAACAAUGCUGCGGUAGAGUUCAAUGACGAUGCUGUCAAAAAUUUCUUUUGUGUUCAGUGAUAACUUCUUGGUGGGAGGAA